CAGAGGAGGCGCCUGCACUGAGCUGCAGACUCUGAUCACUGAUUUUAAGCACUUUUGGCCGUGCAUGUUUGUCGGACUGUGGUCAGCGAGGAAAGCAAAGGAAGGAGAUGAGGCUGCUGGCGACACCUUCCACCCCCAACCCAGACCCCAGCCUGAGGCGGUAACGGAUGGGGCCAUCUCACCCUCCUCAGCAUCCAACCGAGAGCAAUGGGGCAAAGGGAUUUGGCCAUCCAUCCCUGUCCAGAUUUCCAGGGCGCCAUGCCCACGUUUGUCAGCACCACCUCCUGCCCUCACAACCCCCUUCCCUGCAGAAUGGAGGAGCCGGCUGCUGAGGCGCUAUCCAGGGCCAGCGCCACUUCCAGCGCCCUCCCGGGGAGCUGUCCAUUCCAGCGCCACUUCCAGCGCGCUCCCGGGGAGCUGUCCAUUCCAGCGCCCACCCGGGGAGCUGUCCAUUCCAGCGCGCUCCCGCGCCACUUCCAGCGCGCUCCCGGGGAGCUGUCCAUUCCAGCGCGCUCCCGGGGAACUGUCCAUUCCAGCGCCCACCCGGGGAGCUGUCCAUUCCAGCGCGCUCCAGCGCCACUUCCAGCGCGCUCCCGGGGAGCUGUCCAUUCCAGCGCGCUCCCGGCGAACUGUCCAUUCCAGCGCGCUCCCGGGGAGCUGUCCAUUCCAGCGCGCUCCCGGGGAACUGUCCAUUCCAGCGCGCUCCCGGGGAACUGUCCAUUCCAGCACCCUCCCUGGGAGAUGUUCAUUCCAACGCCACUUCCAGGGAGCUGUCCAUUCCAGCACCUUCUCCUCUCCCAUUUCCCUCUCUCCAGCCCCUCUGAGCCCCUCUCCCUUCCCCCACGCCACGAUGCCGAGGUGCUGUUCCCCUGAGAGCGCGGAGCCCUUGGGAUCGCCUCGCGUUCUCAUCUCCAAGCGGGCUCCUGUAGCGAUGCACUUUACACCUUUCUCUUUCCAAGUGGCUGUGUAUCUAACCCCCGCAUAGGCACACACCUCUCCAGCUGUAGCAGGCUCAUUGUGUGUGCAGUCACCCCCCUUCUGUAUUUCAGACCCACACCCAUUCUCUAACUCUUCCAUCCAUCCCCACUCCUCAUCCCUAUCCAGUUUGCAAAAUACCAGCAGAUCGGAAGCAAAUCCAAAGCCAGCAGUGCUGAAUGGAAGGCAGAGGUUCCGACACGGAUGGACUAUAAUAUAAAAGACAGUGAUCAUUUUGCUGUCGAGAGACAUUUUUGCUCCAUCUUUUUUGCAUGAGCUUCCUGGUCCUGGUGCCACAUCUUGGUGCCACUGGUCAUCCCACUAUGGCACGCUUCUUUUUAACAGAACUCCUCAUAUUUGUAUUUUUAUAUCCGAAUCUUUGUUAAAAAUGAUCUGCUAAUGUCUAAUGUUGAAAUAUUGCAUCAAAGAUUGUUCAUAUUUUUUCCAUACGAAAGAAAAAAAAAGUGUAUAGAAUGGAGUUUAAAUGGUUGGUUCUCUUAAUUCUAUAUAUCAGUAUUGGACAGGACUUCUUGAAUGUGGUUAGGGUUUUGCACACCUCAAAACAUCAGUAAACAAAACAAAUGUAUGUAAGAAUCCUAUACUGUGAUUAAUGGCUUUAUUGACGGACCAUGCAGAAACAUAAUGACUUUAGAAGAUCUUAUUGCACUGGUUACGAAUGUGCUUGGAUAACUCGCUGGUUAUUUGAUGCCUCUUUCUUGGGGGAUGUUCCGAGUUGGUGUUUUUAAUUUUGUACUUUACUUUAAUUUAAUUUUUUAAAAAGCUUAUUCUGGUCUGAUGUGCAUGAGAAACUAUCAUCUUUUCAAUAAUAUACUAUGUCAUUUUAUGAAGACAACAAAGCAAAAAAAAUGUCAUGCCAUUCUAAGAAUGACCCAUUGUACAUUUUAAUGCCAUUUUUCACUGUAUUGGUGAACAAAACUCAAUGAAUAAAUACAUACAUGUACCAAAUGGAGGCAGCCAACCUU